AUGGCCUCCAAGGACACCUUACUACCAAAAAGAAUUAUGAGGAGUGAAAAUUCUGAAGGAGCAGGACUUGAGGAAUUUGAGGCGGAGAAAAUAGUAGACCAGCGUGUAUUAGAUGGGCAGGUACAAUAUCUCCUGAAAUGGAAGGGCUAUCCAGAUGCUGAUAAUACCUGGGAAGCAGAAGAGCAUUUAAAUUGCCCAGAGUUAAUGGAGGAGUUUCUAAAUUCUCAAAAUGAUAUUUUAUGUAACGGUGAAUCCUAUGAUAGCACAUCAGGGUAUGAAAGAGGUGCUGGUGACUACCCUCGAGGGUUCACUAUGGGGCUUGAGCCUGAAGAAAUACUUGGUGCCAGAGAAAAUAUGGGAUUAUUGAUGCUCCUCAUGAAGUGGAAAAAUUGUGACCAACCUGAGUGGGUUCUGGCAAAAGAGGCUAAUGUUCAAUGCCCUGAAGUUGUAAUUGCUUUUUAUGAAGCAAAACUGCCUUGA